AUGGGGUCGCUUCGUGAUGGCGACAGCAACGGUAGUGUCCCGCGGCCAGCUGAGAAUAAGAGGUGGUGCGCGGUGACCGGCGGCCGGGGCUUCAUGGCGAGGCACCUGGUGGCCGCGCUGCUCCGCUCCGGCGAGUGGCAUGUGCGGGUCACCGACCUCGCCCCGGAUGUCGUGCUCGGCCUCGGCGACACCGAGGACGUCCUCGAUGACGCCCUCCGUGAUGGCCGUGCCGUCUAUGCCUCAGCGGAUGUCUGCAACCUAGACCAGCUUAUUGAAGCUUUUGAAGGGGUUGAGGUUGUUUUCCACACAGCUGCUGCGGAUCCAAGCAAGAACAACCUACAACUUCACUAUAAGGUCAACGUUGAGGGGACAAAGAAUGUGAUUGAUGCGUGUAUGACUUGCAAGGUGAAAAGGCUUAUACACACCAGCUCUAUCGCUGUUGUGUUCGACGGAGUUCAUGGGCUUCUCGAUGCAAAUGAAUCAUUGCCAUACCCAGACCAGUUUCCUGAUGCAUAUGGACAAACAAAGGCAGAAGCAGAAAAGUUAGUCAUGAAGGCUAAUGGCAUUAAUGACCUUCUAACUUGUUGCAUACGUCCUGGUAGCAUUUUUGGACCUGGUGACAUAGUUAUACUACCAACUCUGGACCAGUGUGGAAAAACACACUUUAUUUUUGGUGAUGGGAAGAACUGUGAUGAUUUUGUAUAUGUUGAAAAUGUGGUACAUGGUCACAUUUGUGCUGAAAAAGCUCUUUCUACUAUGGAAGGCGCAAAAAUCAGUGGUGGAAAAGCCUACUUUAUAACCAAUACAGAGCCAAUGAAUAUGUGGGACUUUCUAUAUCUGCUUCAUGAAGAACUUGGAUACAAAAGGUUGUUCAAGAUAAGAAUACCUUUGCUUGUCAUCAAGGCAGUAAGCUAUUUGGUAGAGUGGGGAUACAAGGUUCUACACCAUUAUGGAAUGUGCCAACCUCAAGUUCUAACACCAGCAAGGAUCAAGUAUCUGACAAUCCAUAGAACAUUCAGUUGUAACAAAGCUGCUGAAGAACUUGGCUACAAACCAAUUGUGACACUUAUGGAUGGUAUGAAGCUAGCAGCCAAAUCAUAUAUUCGGUUGAGAAAUGAUACCAUUUAUCUUAGAGAGACAUAA